GCACUCAAAUCAGGGACACUGCAGCGACUAUGACCCGCUUUUAAGAUGCAGUGAGGAAAGAGGAGAAGAAGGGGGCAUCAGUGCAGAUGGGAAAGAGAGAGAGAGACCGAGAGGGAGGGAGGGAGUCUCUUGGUAAGGAGAAGCUGGGGUUCAGUCUGGCUGCAUCACAGGAGACACAGAGCCCGCAUACCCGGAGCUGCCUGUCGCAGGUUACAGGCACUGGAGAGGAUCCCGUGAAGUUCCCAUUGGAUCCACGCGGGAUUAAUGGACCUCUACUAUGGCCCAAAGGAGAUGAUCAUACACCCAUCACUUGUUGUACAAUGACAAGCAUGAUUUACCUGACUGUAGUAAGCAUUUUGUACUUGCCCAUUUUACUCUUUGAGGCAUUCGUCUUGUCCAAAGGCAAGUAUGAGAGGUCAGUUGUCCCAAGCUCUGCCUCCCGCCUGGUGGCUCGAAUGGAUGGGGAUGUAAUAAUAGGCGCCCUGUUUUCUGUACACCACCAGCCAUCAGCGGAGAAGGUUGCUGAGAGGAAAUGCGGAGAAGUCCGUGAGCAGUAUGGCAUCCAGAGAGUGGAGGCCAUGUUCCACACCCUGGAUCGAAUAAACUCGGACCCCAACCUGCUGCCCAACAUCACCCUCGGCUGUGAGAUCAGGGACUCAUGCUGGCAUUCCUCUGUGGCCCUGGAGCAGAGCAUUGAGUUCAUACGGGACUCUCUCAUCUCCAUCCGAGACGAUACAGAGGGCUCCAAGUGGUGCAUUGAAGGGUCACCCUCCAGCCAGCCGCCUCCGACCAAGAAGCCCAUCGCAGGAGUCAUCGGUCCCGGCUCAAGCUCGGUUGCAAUUCAAGUCCAGAACCUUCUGCAGCUGUUCAACAUCCCGCAGAUUGCCUAUUCUGCAACAAGCAUUGACCUCAGUGAUAAGACGUUGUUCAAGUACUUCCUCAGAGUUGUGCCCUCGGACACUCUGCAAGCCAGAGCCCUGUUGGACAUUGUCAAACAGUACAAUUGGACCUAUGUGUCAGCAGUACACACAGAGGGUAACUACGGCGAGAGCGGGAUGGAAGCGUUCAAAGAGCUCGCCUCGCAGGAAGGGCUCUGCAUCGCUCAUUCCGACAAGAUCUACAGCAACGCCGGCGAGAAGCACUUCGACCGGCUCCUCAGGAAGCUGCGGGAGCGCCUUCCCAAAGCCAGGGUUGUUGUCUGCUUCUGUGAAGGCAUGACGGUCCGCGGGCUGCUCAUGGCGAUGAGGCGCCUCGGAGUGGCGGGAGAGUUCCUCCUAAUUGGCAG